AUCUUGCGCGACGCUCCCCCACCCGUACCAAGGCAUUAAGCCAUUCUCCGCGUGACGACUCGCUUGGACCGCAGACACUCUUUCCCGAUGUCGCUCUUCUCGAUUCCCAACGUCCUGCGGCGCAGCGUGCCGUCCGACGGCAGCGACAAUGCUCCUGCCGUCCGCCCCUCCGUGGUGAGCGCCAGCAACCUGAACGCACAGCUCCUCGAAGAAGCUAAGCACGUGGACCAGCACUUGUUCUUCGGACCUCAGCAGACUGUGUUCGAAGGUGAGCGCCAGCGUGUGAUCCAUGGCGAGCGCAAGAUCCAAAAGAACAACAAGCGCUUCUGGCUCAUGUCGGAGCCGCUCAGCAUGGAGCGCGACAGCACCACGUCGCUCAUUGGCUUCCCUACUGACCCCCAAGUUCGUUCAAAUGGCAUUGGCAGCAAAAUGUCGGCUGCUACGCGCUUCAUUGGCCAGAAAGUAGCGCAGAUGAAGUUCCCUGCGACCCAUGUGAACGAGGAUUCGUUCUGUGACGGCUGUGGCAUGGACCCCAUCGUCGGGAACAUGUAUUCGUGCUCCAAGUGCGUCAACUACCACCUAUGCGAGGGCUGCUACCAGCUAGGCAUCCACGGCUUCGAAGACUCGAAACUGCUACUCGACGUUCGUGAGGACUUUGCUCUCCGGAAGGUCAUGGAAGUGUCCAAGAACAAGGUGCCUGAGGAGGUCUUCACGGUUCUACUUAAGACUGUGUGCCGCGGACAGAUCGACAAGUUUAACUUCCUGGCCAAGUGGAUCACGGCCGUCGUGCUGGGCCAGCCCAUCAACACGCUCGAGGUGCGUGGUAUUGAGAUCCCGCACCUCGACGCCGAGACGCGCGGCACACUCGUGCAGUUGCUCACCCCCGUCCUGGCCGACCGCACGGACCUGGAGGUGUGCAUGGAGUGGUUCUGCCCGGACGCUGACAACAUGGACUUGCCCGGUGUUCAGCGCCGUAUGGAGACCAUCCGUAUUUGGGUGGCUACAGACAAGGACCAGAAGUCCCCCUUCGCUACGAAGGAGGGCCUUAAGGAUGAAGACACGGAGUCGGACAUGUCGCCCACUAGCGCCAACGGAGACGUCAUUGGCUCUCCUGGCCCAGCCAGUCCCGUGGCAGAGUCGCCGUGCGUGACACCCCCUCCUUCUCCUUCGGGAGUCCGUCGCAAAUCUACGGGAGCCACAUCAAUGACUUCCGAGUCUUCGUCGCAGGUCUCUCCCCCGCGUCUGGAUGCGCUGACACUCGCCGACAAGACCACUGAAUACACUUACGAAGACGACGACGAAGACUACAUGUCGGACUCGGUCAAAAGCGAUAUCGAGCCCCGGAAAGUGGACUUGUCCCCUUCUUCCGGUCAGAGAUCCGAGGGCAUUCAGAUGUAAGAAGAACGAGGACAAGACCGAGGGAUCGGCGAACACAACCGUGAAUGAGCUGCUGUUCGUCGGCGGCCGUAGACACAAAAGUCACGGAUCAAAGUGCGCGGGCUUCUUGGGCUUCCCUUCAUUUUGUUAUUUUUCAUUUUCGCUGUGCACUCGAAAUGUAAAAAGAGAUUGCAUUAUUAUCAAGCGUUCAUCGAGUAUCUAAAGUGUUGGAGUUGCAUAGGCAGUUAAGAAAAGGUGUUUCAUUCACUUGUUCGUGAAGACGGUAAAGUAUCUCAUCUCUACUCUGCAACGCAAGUUGACUUGGUGUCGUGCGUUAUCAUGCUGGCGCGCUCAUAUCCUAGUUCUUGGCACGGUAGAAAGCAAGGUACGCCAUGUGCCAGUCACCUCCGCCCUUGAGCUUCAUGAUGUCCUCCGUCUUGCACGGCGACACAUCGUCGUCAUCGUAACAGUACCAGUCGUCUAUCAUUACAAAAAACAU